UGCCAUAUGUGAGAAAGAAGAAGAGCGAAGAAAACAGAUAACUCCAAUGUUUGCAAAACAAUUUGAUUAGUCUUGAAGGAAUCCGCUUUAGGCUCUUAGGAACCCGCUUUAUAGCGAGCACAGGCACGCACUGGCACACACAGCAAGCAAAGAGUGACAACAUUAUCCGUGAAGUGGACAUAUGGCCAACAAGAACAUGCGUAACACCACAACCAAAGUGGAGGCCCUGAUUGAGAGCUGUCGCAGCGAGGGCAAGUGGCACCGGGUCAUCGAGCUAACGGAUGAACUGAAGACCGGGUCCCCGCACAAUGAGUGCCUGGCCAACUUUCUGGUGGGGGAAGCUCGUCUGGAGAGUUACCUGGAGGAAAACGCUCUCGCGUCAGACUCAAAUUUUGGUCGCGCCAAGUCUGGAUUGGCGGAGGCCCGGCGUUUCCUUCACUUGGCUUUGGGUGAGAGUGGCCAGAAGGCGGGCAUCGCCCUGGACGCCUAUUUGCUGCUGGCCAAGCUGUGCUUUGCCUGCGGCGAGUAUGAGCAGAGUCUAGACAAUUUCGUCAAGGCAGAACUCAACACGCUUGCCGAGAAGGAGCUGACCCUUCGCAGCCUGAAGAUCCUUGCGGAAUCGUAUGCCAUCAAGGGAUUGUGUCUGGAGCAGCAGACUACGAAGCCGUCAUCUAAGUUUAAGAAGGCCGAAAAGGACACGGAAAUGAUUAGCUGUUUUGAGCGCGCAUCUGAUCUGGGGCUGCUCUAUCUGCAGGAAUACGAUCUCGUUAGUGGAAGCAGUGGCUCGUCCAACAACUCGACAGCUGGUUCUACGUUGAAUGUAAACGCCUCUACUGUGCAGCCGUCGAGCAGCAGUUUUGCAAUCAGCAGUACAAUACCGGCGAGUGGUCCAAGUGGACUGGAAAUGAACCGCAGGAUGGGCGCCAUCCUAGAGACCGCCCUGCAACGGGCACCCAUAGUGCUUAUUAAGACGGAAAAGCUUCAAGAGGCCGUUGAACGGUAUCGAAUCAUGCUAAACGCCAUCGAAACGAGGGCUACUCAAUCGUUGCGCCUCACGCUGGCCCGCCAGCUAGCUGAGGUUCUUUUGAGAGGGGUCUCGGGCACGAUUUACUCGCCUCCUUUUACCGGAAAAUCUGGAGGUGGGACGCUGCGAGGAGGAUCCUCCAAGAAACUUUGGAAACCGCGUAAAUACGCAGCCCGCCAGCAGUUUAACCCUCGGAACCAGCAGGAAGAGGUAAUUCUGUUGCUACUCAUAGCCGAGGCACUGGCUGUGAGGGAUACAGUUUUGUCGCAGAGUCCAGAGUUUAGACAGGCCCGUCAGCAUGCUAUGGGCAACGUUACGGCCGUCUAUGACCUCCUGACGUUGGCUACUGUGCGCUGGGGGCUCGUCCAGCUAUUAAAUGAGUCCUUUGAGAAGGCGCUAAAGUUUAGCUUUGGUGAACAGCAUGUGUGGCGGCAGUACGGCUUAAGUUUGAUGGCAGCCGAAAAGCACUCGCACGCUUUAAGGGUCUUGCAAGAAUCAAUGAAGUUGACUCCUAGUGAUCCUUUGCCAUGUCUGUUGGCUUCUCGCCUUUGCUACGAGAGUCUGGAGACGGUAAAGCAAGGUCUGGACUAUGCUCAGCAAGCGCUGAAGCGCGAAGUAAAGGGCUUGCGACCAUCGCGAAGCCAACUCUUUGUGGGCAUCGGUCACCAACAGCUAGCCAUCCAGUCAAAUCUUAAAAGCGAGCGAGAUGCUUGUCACAAGCUGGCUUUGGACGCCCUGGAGCGCGCUGUGCAGUUUGAUGGGAACGACCACCUGGCGGAAUACUACUUGUCGUUGCAGUACGCACUUCUGGGACAGCUGGCGGAGGCAUUGGUUCAUAUCCGUUUCGCGCUGGCGUUGCGUAUGGAACAUGCGCCAUGUCUACACCUGUUCGCACUGUUGCUGACAUCGUCGCGCCGACCUCGUGAAGCUUUGGGAGUUGUUGAGGAUGCUUUACACGAGUUUCCCGAUAACCUGCAGCUACUGCACGUUAAGGCACAUCUUCAGCUGCAUCUAGAGGACGCGGAGACGGCGUUGGGCACUGUGCAGCACAUGCUGGCCGUGUGGCGGGACGUUUACGAGGCCCAGCUAGCGGGAGAGGAGGAAAAGCACUCAGACACCAAGAGUGGUGUUCACUUGGCACAUUCCUCACAGAUGUCCGACAAGGAUUCAAAUUCUGUGUACGCGGCUUCAUUGGCUGCAGUCUCCCGCGUUGAACAGGCUCUGAGUGAAGCAGCAAGCUCAUUGAGCUCAUUUACGCAGCGUCCUGGACCCCGACGACCCUGGAUGCUACAGAUUGAAAUAUGGCUUCUGCUGGCUGAUGUCUAUCUGCGGAUUGAUCAGCCGAACGAGGCACUCAACUGCAUACACGAAGCCUCACAGAUUUAUCCGCUUUCGCAUCAGAUUAUGUUUAUGCGUGGCCAGGUGCAUGUCUAUUUGGAGCAAUGGUUUGACGCCAAGCAAUGUUUCCUGAACGCCGUGGCCGCCAACCCAAAUCACACAGAGGCUUUGCGUGCGCUUGGAGAGGCGCAUUUGGUACUGGGCGAGCCGAGGUUGGCUGAAAAAAUGCUAAAAGAUGCGGCCAAACUGGAUCCGAGCUGUCCAAAAAUUUGGUUCGCACUGGGAAAGGUGAUGGAGAUCCUGGGCGAUUUCCAUGCCUCAGCCGAUUGCUUCGCCACGUCGCUGCAGUUAGAGCCAUCAUGUCCGGUGCUACCUUUUACUUCUAUACCUUUGGUGUUUGAAUAGGAACACUUUCGUGUCUAAUUCGAAGCUUGACAAACCUCAAAGUCAACAGCAAUACUAGAAUUAUACUUCCUAAUUCCUUCAGUGUAAAAAUUGUUGUAUCGCAGUUUUGGAGCAACAAAUGUUUAAAUAUUGUUUGUGUGUAAAUUAUUACCAAGAAUUGUUCGAGCUUGGCUGUAUUAUGUGAAUGAACCAUUCUGCUAUCUUCCUUAAUCACCCACUUUUAAGGAGAUGGUUCGGUUAAAUUUAUUACUCUAUUAGGUGUUGUUAAUUACAUACAAAAUUGGUUAUUAUAUAAAUAUACAGUAUUUCGUG